AAAAUAUGUAUUUGUUUGUGAAAAGACAGCUGGGUGAUUAGGCAUUAGUGUCCUUUAGGCAAAUGAAGAAUAUGAUGAUGCAUUCAUUUAAAGGUCAUCCUCUGGCUGCUCAACAUCAAACCGAAUGGGAUUAUGAUCAAUUGACGUGAAACAAAAUAAUUAAUCGUAUCUAUAUAAAAAUCACGGAGGCUGAGACAUAUGUUUGCGCAAUAAUUCGGAUCAUCCAGGCACUUAUAACGAGUUUAAACGGGAUUUGGAUCGCUGGCAUUAUCGCUUUUAGACAUAUCAGGGAUUUAACGAAGGAUUAGUGAAUAUAAAAAAACUGGACAGAUGUUUGGGUUUCUCUCCGCUUGUUGCCUAUGGAGAUGAUGAUGAUGGUGGUGCUGAAUUUGGCUGAUCUAUCAAAAUUAGGGAGAUGCUGUAUGAACGAAGGACUGGGGUCGACUGUUUUAAGAUUAACAGAACGACAACUCUUGUUUUGAGGACGUCCCAAUAUUUCCACAUAGCAUGUUAAUUAUAUUGAUAACGAUUGUCAUUGAAAAGAAGAGCAAUCGCGACCCCCUCCUUCCCUCACAUUUCCACACCUACCCAUCGUCGCACAUUGUCGGUACACGAGAAGGGGUUGAAAAACACAAUCCGAGGACGCCAAAACGUGCCAAUUUGUGGUGUUAAUGCUACCCUUUAUGCCUCUAAAACUCAUUCACGUUGGAGACAUUUUUGGUCAGUGAAAAAAAAGGCACGCCCAGAGACGUUUUCUCUGUCGCCUACACCGUUUAACCCUUUGGGUGGGUUUCUCGUUACGUGGAAUUACAUAAAUCUCGGUUUUCAGUCGGUGUAGUCAUUGGUGAAAAUGUAGAGCUGUUGUAGUCCCGGGCGGUGUUUAUUUUUUGACAUAAAGCUCUAGAUAUGGCCGUGUAAAUGGUGUCAUGUACGGAUUUGGUUGCGGUUUGGGUGGACCUCGAGUCUGCGGAUUGGAAAUAGCCGGAGACAUCAACAUGGCGACAGCUGCUUCGCCCCUGCGCUCGAGAUGAAUCCUCAUCUAUAAAGCUCCCAGAGUGAGCAGUGAUUAGCUGGUGCAGCUAUCAGAGCAGGAUGUCAAUAUGGCUGCUCAGCUGCUCGUUCCACCCGGACCUGACAGCUUCCGGCCCUUCUUGCCUGAGUCUCUCGCUGCUAUCGAGAGCCGCAUCGCAGAGGAGGCAGCCAAACGGCCCCAAGGCGAGAGACGGCCUGAUGAUGAUGAUGAAAAUGGGCCCAAACCCAACAGCGAUUUGGAAGCAGGAAAAUCCCUGCCCUUUAUCUACGGAGACCUUCCAUCUGAAUUUGUGUCCGUCCCGCUGGAGGACCUGGACACCUACUACAGCAACCAAAAAACCUUUAUAGUAUUGAAUCGUGGGAAGGCUAUAUUCCGCUUUAAUGCUACACCGGCUUUGUAUAUUUUGAGCCCCUUCAAUCCAUUGAGGAGAAUCUCCAUCAAGGUCCUGGUGCAUUCAAUGUUCAGUUUUGUGAUCAUGUGCACAAUUUUGACCAACUGCGCCUUCAUGACCCUCAGCAAUCCCCCUGACUGGGCCAAGAAUGUGGAGUACACGUUCACAGGGAUCUACACCUUCGAGUCCCUGAUUAAGAUCCUGGCAAGGGGCUUCUGUGUGGGGAAGUUCACUUUCCUGCGAGACCCCUGGAACUGGCUGGACUUUAGUGUCAUUAUGAUGGCGUAUGUAACUGAGUUUGUAAACCUAGGCAAUGUGUCAGCUCUCCGCACUUUCAGAGUGCUCAGAGCUUUGAAAACUAUCUCAGUCAUCCCAGGUCUGAAGACUAUCGUUGGCGCUCUAAUCCAGUCGGUGAAGAAGCUGUCAGAUGUGAUGAUCCUGACUGUGUUCUGUCUGAGUGUGUUUGCUCUGAUUGGACUGCAGCUCUUCAUGGGAAACCUGCGGCAGAAGUGUGUGAAGAUUCCAGAGGUCAAUGUCACUGAAAACCUGACCGCCACGCUGAACUACAGCACCGGUUUAGAGCUGCACAGCACCUUUAACUGGACAGAGUACAUUAGUGAUGCGAGCAAUUAUUAUUUCCUCCCAGGCCGCAGAGAUCCUUUGUUAUGUGGAAAUUCAAGUGAUGCAGGGCAGUGUCCAGAGGGCUUUGCGUGUAUAAAAGCAGGUCGUAAUCCUGACUACGGCUACACAAGCUUUGACACAUUCAGCUGGGCCUUCCUCUCACUCUUCCGACUCAUGACACAAGACUUCUGGGAAAACCUCUACCAACAGACCCUGCGUGCAGCUGGAAAGCCCUAUAUGAUCUUCUUUGUUCUUGUGAUUUUCCUGGGCUCCUUCUAUCUGGUGAAUCUCAUCCUGGCUGUGGUGGCCAUGGCAUAUGAUGAGCAGAACCAGGCUACCAUAGAAGAGGCUCAACAGAAAGAGGAAGAGUUUCAAGCCAUGCUAGAACAGCUAAAGAGACAGCAGGAAGAGGCACAGGUUGCGGCGGCAGCAGCAACAGAGAGUGGGGAGUACAGCGGGAGGGGGGGCUUGUCAGAGGAAAGCUCCUCCGGGGGGUCCAGACUCAGCUCUAAGAGCGCUAAAGAGCGAAGGAACAGGAGGAAGAAAAGAAAACAAAGGGAAGAAGAAGAAAAAGCCAAUCAGGAAAAGUUCCAUAAGUCCGCUUCAGAGGACAGCAUUAGACGGUCUGGAUUUCGAUUCUCCAUCGAUGCCAACCGACUCUCGUAUGAGAAGAAGUGUUCAACUCCUAAUCAGUCUCUUCUCAGUAUUCGUGGAUCUCUCUUCUCCCCAAGGAGGAACAGUCGCGCGAGUCUGUUCAGUUUUCGCGGUAGAGCCCGAGACUUUGGCUCAGAGAAUGAUUUUGCUGAUGAUGAGCACAGCACGUUUGAGGAUAGUGACAGCCGCCGCGGAUCGCUUUUCGUACCUCGUUGUGUUGAGAGACGAAGUUCCACUGUCAGUCACUGCAGCCUUGCUCCCAGAAUUAUGCUCCCAGCCAAUGGGAAAAUGCACUGCACAGUCGAUUGCAAUGGAGUGGUCUCCCUGGUGGGUGGGACGUCUGUGCCAACAUCACCAAUCGGACGUUUGUUACCUGAGGGCACGACCACUGAGUCUGAGGCACGUAAAAAACGUUCAGGAUCACACCAGCCAUCCGAUUAUCUGGAUGAGACAGUAGCCAGAAAAAGAGCUCUCAGUGUGGCCAGCAUUUUGACAAACACUAUGGAAGAGCUUGAGGAAUCGCGGCAGAAGUGCCCUCCAUGCUGGUACAAGUUUGCCAACAGCUUCCUGAUCUGGGACUGCUGUCCAGCCUGGUUGAAGGUGAAGGAGAUUAUGAACAUGGUGGUGAUGGACCCGUUUGUAGACCUGGCCAUAACCAUCUGCAUUGUUCUCAACACACUCUUCAUGGCUAUGGAGCACUACCCUAUGACAGAAAGGUUCAACCAUGUGCUGUCAGUUGGGAACCUGGUAUUCACAGGAAUCUUCACAGCAGAAAUGUGUCUGAAGUUAAUUGCUCUAGACCCAUAUUACUACUUCCAAGUAGGCUGGAAUAUCUUUGACGGCAUCAUCGUGAGCCUGAGUCUCAUGGAACUGGGCCUGGCCAAUGUUGAGGGACUUUCUGUGUUGCGGUCCUUUAGAUUGUUAAGAGUCUUUAAGCUGGCAAAGUCUUGGCCCACCCUGAACAUGCUGAUAAAGAUCAUUGGUAACUCAGUUGGUGCUUUGGGAAAUCUAACCCUCGUCCUUGCCAUCAUCGUCUUCAUCUUCGCUGUGGUGGGAAUGCAGCUGUUUGGAAAGAGCUACCGUGAGUGUGUCUGCAAGAUCUCAGUUGACUGUGAGUUGCCGCGGUGGCACAUGGACGAUUUCUUCCACUCCUUCCUGAUUGUGUUCCGAGUGCUUUGCGGCGAGUGGAUCGAAACCAUGUGGGACUGCAUGGAAGUGGCGGGGCAGACAAUGUGUCUCAUCGUCUUCAUGAUGGUCAUGGUCAUUGGGAAUCUGGUGGUUUUGAACCUGUUCCUGGCCUUGCUGUUGAGCUCUUUCAGUGCCGAUAACCUGGCCGCCACGGAUGAUGACAGCGAAAUGAACAACCUGCAGAUCGCCGUGGGCAGAAUACAGAAAGGUAUCGCACUGGUCAAGUCCACUUUACGCCAGUUCCUCCAAAGUCUCUGCCUGGCCGUCUCUAAACCUCGUGCUCUAGACGAAGAGAAACCCCUUGACGACCUCCACAGCAACGGCAAGGAUAACUGCUUGUCCAAUCAUGCUCCGGUGGCCGUCGACCUCACUAAAGACUAUCUGAAGGAGGGCUGUGUCUCCCCUGGUAAUGGAGUGGAAGGUCACGUAAAGUAUGGAAUUGAGGAAGGCGACUACAUGUCGUUCAUACACAAUCCCAGCCUCACUGUUACAGUACCGAUUGCGGUGGGAGAGUCGGACUUUGAAAAUCUGAAUACAGAAGAUUUCAGUAGUGACUCAUCUGACGUCGAGGGCAGUAAAGAGAAGCUGCCUGUUGACGCCGUUCUCAGUUCAUCAGAAGGGAGCACAGUGGAUAUCCGACCCCCUGGAGAGGGGGCGGAGUCUGUGGAGCUGGAGCCGGAAGAGUCCUUGGACCCAGAGGCCUGCUUCACAGAAGGCUGUGUGAUUAGGUUUCAGUGCUGUAAGGUCGACGUGGAGACGGGAAAAGGGAAGAGUUGGUGGAUUCUCAGGAAAACCUGCUUCAUUAUUGUAGAACACAACUGGUUUGAGUCCUUUAUCAUCUUUAUGAUAUUACUCAGCAGUGGAGCAUUGGCUUUUGAGGACAUUUACAUCGAGCAACGUAAGACGAUAAAGACAGUGUUGGAAUAUGCAGAUAAAGUCUUCACAUACGUCUUUAUUUUGGAGAUGCUUCUGAAGUGGGUUGCUUAUGGCUUCGUCAAAUACUUCACCAACGCCUGGUGUUGGCUCGACUUCCUGAUUGUUGAUGUGUCAUUAGUGAGUCUGGUAGCAAAUGCUCUUGGUUACUCUGAACUAACAGCCAUAAAGUCUCUGAGAACACUGCGUGCUCUUAGACCUUUGAGAGCAUUGUCGCGCUUUGAGGGAAUGAGGGUUGUAGUAAAUGCCCUGCUGGGAGCCAUACCUUCCAUCAUGAAUGUGCUACUAGUGUGUUUGAUCUUCUGGCUGAUCUUCAGUAUCAUGGGGGUGAACCUUUUUGCGGGGAAAUACUACCAUUGUGUUAAUAUCACCAACGAUGAGAUGUUUCCCAUCAGUGUGGUCAAUAACAUGUCAGAUUGCUUUGCCCUGAUUGCGAACAAUGACUCGGCGCGCUGGAAAAAUGUAAAGAUUAAUUUCGAUAAUGUGGGAGCUGGAUACCUGGCACUACUGCAAGUGGCCACAUUUAAAGGAUGGAUGGACAUCAUGUAUGCAGCUGUGGAUUCUCGUGAUUUGGAGCAGCAGCCUGACUAUGAAUCAAACCGUUACAUGUACCUGUACUUUGUCAUCUUCAUUAUCUUCGGCUCCUUCUUUACUCUUAACCUCUUCAUUGGUGUCAUCAUUGAUAACUUCAAUCAGCAGAAGAAAAAGAUAAGAGGUCAGGAUAUCUUCAUGACAGAAGAACAAAAGAAAUAUUACAAUGCCAUGAAGAAACUGGGAUCUAAGAAGCCUCAGAAGCCAAUUCCCAGGCCUGCGAACGUGUUUCAAGGCCUCAUCUUUGACUUCAUCACCAAACAAGCCUUCGACAUUGUGAUUAUGAUCCUGAUCUGCUUGAACAUGGUGACCAUGAUGGUGGAAACCGACGAUCAGACAAAGGAGAUGGACAAUAUUCUGUACUGGAUAAACCUGGUUUUCAUCAUCCUCUUCACUGGAGAAUGUGUGCUCAAGAUGAUCUCCCUGCGGCACUACUACUUCACCGUUGGCUGGAAUGUGUUUGACUUUGUAGUGGUGAUUCUCUCAAUUGUUGGCAUGUUCCUCUCUGAUAUGAUUGAGAAAUAUUUUGUAUCGCCAACGUUAUUCCGAGUCAUCCGACUUGCCAGAAUCGGCCGUAUUCUUCGUCUCAUCAAAGGAGCCAAAGGCAUUCGUACACUCCUGUUUGCCUUGAUGAUGUCCCUUCCUGCCUUGUUUAAUAUUGGCCUCCUACUGUUUCUGGUCAUGUUUAUCUAUGCCAUCUUCGGAAUGUCCAACUUUGCCUACGUGAAGCACGAGGCAGGGAUCGAUGACAUGUUUAACUUUGAGACAUUCGGGAACUCGAUGCUUUGCUUGUUCCAGAUUACAACUUCAGCAGGAUGGGACGGCCUCCUGGCACCCAUACUGAACAAGCAAGAUCCGGAUUGCGACAGUGAAUUGGAGCACCCAGGCAGUAUGUACCGCGGCAACUGCGGAAACCCCUCGGUCGGCAUCUUCUUCUUUGUGAGCUACAUUAUCAUCUGCUUCCUGAUUGUGGUGAACAUGUACAUCGCUGUGAUCUUGGAGAACUUCAGCGUAGCCACAGAGGAGAGCGCCGAACCACUGAGCGAGGAUGACUUUGAAAUGUUCUAUGAAGUCUGGGAGCGAUUCGAUCCUGACGCCACGCAGUUUGUGGAGUACGAGAAGCUUUCUGAAUUUGCGGAUGCUUUGGAUCCUCCGUUACGUAUCCCCAAGCCAAACAAGAUCCAGCUCAUAGCCAUGGACCUGCCCAUGGUCAGUGGCGACCGCAUCCACUGCCUGGACAUCCUGUUCGCCUUUACCCUGAGGGUACUGGGAGAGGAGGGCGAGAUGGAUGCCCUGAGGGGACAGAUGGAGGAUCGUUUCAUGGCCUCCAAUCCCUCCAAAGUCUCCUACGAGCCAAUCACGACAACUCUCCGCAGGAAACAGGAGGAGAUGUCGGCCAUCGUCAUCCAGAGGGCCUUCCGACGGUACCGUAUAAGGCAAACGGUAAAGAAGGCCUCCGAAGCCUACCGACAGCAGCUGCAAGAUGGGAGUGUGCGCAUCCCGGAGAAAGAGGUGCUCGUAAUUGUAAAGUUUCAAGAGAACUCUGCAUCGGAAAAAAUGGAUAUGACUCCUUCCUCUGCCUCUCCGCCGUCUUAUAACAGUGUGGCCAAGUCAGAGAAAGAUAAAUACGAAGGAGAGGAGGGAAAAGGAGGACAAAGCAAAAGAUGCAAGAAACAGAAAAAAAUGAAGGAGGGACUGAAACAGAGACUGUUCUUUUUAACUGAGACACUGUUUACAGAGCGGAGCGUGAGCACUGGGGUGCAAUUCACCUCAACCGGUUUUGGAACUAAUGCCAAACUAAGUGUGUGUGAGGCGGAGUGUGUGUAUGUGCGUGUGUCUAAACUAUUGUGUGCGUGCACACCGAGCUAGCCUUAGGGUGCAUUUAUGGUGUUGACGGAAAGCGUUGAUUCAAGGACAGUGCCAGUGUCGACACGACGAUAACACACACGCACACACACACACUUGAGUAUGACUGUUGAAUCCCUAAAGACGCUGGUGUGAAACAAAAUGGCAAGUACAGAGUGGUGUGUGAGUUCGUCUUUUAGUUUUGAGUGUUGUUACACAAUCCCGAAGACUGAAAGAAACUAAUGUUAUAAUCAUCAGUAGCUAGUGCUAACACUACCGCUGGAGUCGUUCUAAUUGAAUGGCGUAUUAUAAACCUGCACAUUUUUGUUAGCUCAUUUUUUUAUUCAUGUUGAACUUUUCUACUAAUGGGUUUGAUUGUCUGAACUUCUUCAUUUAAGGGCACGUCUGUGGAGGGGGCUGGGAAAUGUCGAUCAUACCCGGUAGUGAAUUAUCUAAACAGGACCUCAUUUAUUUUAGCGUUAGCAUAUACCGAACAAACCACACACACAGACACACACACACCGGUAGAUUCUAAGUGCUACAAAAUCAACUGCUCAGUCAGCUGAGAGCAGAAUGCUACUGUACUAAUCAGGACUUUCACACAUAGAAUGUUAUUAUUUAUGGAUGAAGAUGUAGACGAUGUCUGCACCGCCUUACUGAACACAUACACGAAAAUGGAUUAACUGAACCAUUUGACAUCUUCCACUGUUGAUAGCAGAAUGAGCCAAAAAUUUUACUCAAACCCGUUGAUGAAUGUUCUAGGUUCAAUGCAUCUUCACCUCAAUUGACACAAUUUUUGUGUUUCUACGUGUAUAAGGCACUUAUAAACGAAGUUAAACAGGCCAUCCAAUUAAUCAUUAAAAUGAACACUGUUUACAACCACGUGUAUAGUAGAACCACAAAACUUUAACAUUAUAUGAUGUAUUAUAGAUUAUACAUGUUAACAUGAGAAGAAUAGUGUGAUAUAAUCACUUAUCUAAUCUUGUCUUUUAUUUUUCAACUCUGUUUUCAUGAAAAUGCCAAUAACUUUGCACAAUAUCUGCACGAAGAGACCAAGAAGAGAGAUGAUGUGAUUUCCUUGGGAAUUGUACCACAUGACUAGAUUUUUUAUUUAUGUAUAUCUUAAAGGGGCCACGUCCUAUAUUUUGAAUGUUUUUUUUUUUUCAAGUAGAUAAAGUUCUUCUUAUGUUUAUUAUAUCAACAGACAUAAGCGGUCUGAUCAUAAGUUGUUGUCUGUGUCUGUACCUGGCACAAGGUGCAUAACAACACGGUUCUGCAAUGGGAACAACCACAGGAAUAAUAUUAAAAACUUAGUGCAAAUAUGUCAAUUUAGGCAACUUUUAAUUUCACAGCUCAUAUUUUUUUUUUCUUUUACAGACAAUUAAAUGUAAGCGUUUUAUCAAAAAAUAUAAGCUGUACAUCUUGGCCUGUAAACCCUCCAGAUGCUGGCACAGUUUACUUUGUUGUUUAAGUGCCUCAUUCGAACCUUGAUUUUAGCUUAUUUAAGGUACAAAUUACAGUUAUUUCCAGUGGUAAUCAAUAUUAUGCAACAAAAGCUGUUCGUUGAACCCUAAACAUUCUAAACCACAUAUGAGGCACAUAUGAGAGAGAGCGAGAUGUCCACCGCUCUGUGAAACUACUAUAAUGAUAACAGACUUCUGGAAGCCUGAAUGUACACUCACUGGUGAACGUGAUAGGAAACGGCAGUGUAACCCUACUGAAUGUCUCUGUACCAGACAGCCACAUGUCUCACCUCAUUUUAUUUUGAAAAAAAAAAAAAAACAUGCGUAUAUAUAUAUAUAUAUAUAUAUAUAUAUAUAUAUAUAUAUAUAUAUAUAUAUAUAUAUAUAUAUAUAUAUAUAUAUAUAUAUAUAUAUAUAUAUAUAUCUUCCGAAUCAUUCCGUGCAUAGGUGCAGGUCAGCCUGUCAGUGGAUCUCUACUGAAAAACAAUUUUCCUCAUUUUGAAGUUCGAUGUCUGUCGCCGAGUAAAAGCAACACCCUGAGUUCGGCUAAAUAAUGUGGUUAUGACAUGAGCUCUUUUGUUGAUCUAGUGGUGGUGAUUUUGUAUGUAUACAAUGGCACGCUGUAUCUCACCUCUGUACUCAACUCUGUAGAGGAGCACUUUUACACGCCACUUAAACUGUCAUUUGGAUGCAUGUGUGAGAGGUGCGAAUGUGAAAGAGAAAAAGAAUAUGAGAGCUUAUUUAUGUGAGAAAGAUCUAUAUGUGUGUGUUUUGACUGUAUGUACUGGGGCCACCAUCGAUGUGCUUUAUUCUCAUUCUCUUUAUUGUUUAUAUUGUAAAUAGUAGUUUCAAGCUCAUGUAUUUUUUUUUCAUUCUUUUUUUAUUAACUUAUUUUGUUUAUAUUUCUUUUUGCACAGUGCUACAUGUGAAGGCCAGGUCCUGGUUUUAAAUGUACAUAAAAAUUUAUGAAGCAAUCAGUGGUCGUCAUAUUUCAUUUGUAGUGUGGUAGUAAACUGCAUGCACUAUAGUAACUACUACAUGGUGACAUUAUUUUAAAAGCCAAAAGAAUAAAGAUCAUAUUUUUUGUACCAAAGUUAAACUUAUUUUAUUCGUUAUGACACACAUCGCAGAUAAUUUCGAGAGAGAAUCGCAACAGAGAAAUGCAUACUUUUUUUUUGUUGUUGUUGGGUUACUUGAAAAUGUUCAUGAUUUGCAAUCGUGUGCUACCUUUUGUUUUGGAUGUGCAAUAUGAAUUGAUUUCCUCUGAAGCAGAGCAGAGUUUGCAGACAUUCACUGUAGUUUUCCAAAAUAAAGCACAUUUUGGGAAGCCAGUAA